UUCUCGGGCAGAACAACAAAAAGUGGUCGGUGGUCAGCCAUGGCAAGCCGCAGCUCCCAAGAAGUUCCUGCCGCCGCGAGGAAGCUGGACGGCAAGGUGGUGGUGAUCACCGGCGGCGCGAGCGGCAUCGGCGCGUGCACGGCGCGGCUGUUCGUGAAGCACGGCGCCCGCGUCGUGGUGGCCGACAUCCAGGACGAGCUCGGCGCAAGCCUCUGCGCCGAGCUCGGCCCGGAGAACUCCAGCUUCGUGCACUGCGACGUGUCCGACGAGGCCGACGUCGCCGGCGCCGUGGACCACGCCGUGGCGAGGUUCGGCGGGCUGGACGUCAUGUUCAACAACGCCGGCGUGGUCGGCCCGCUGGGCGUCGGCAUCCGCGACGCCACCAGGGAGGAGCUGGAGCGCAUGCUGGCCGUGAACGUGGUGGGCCCGUUCCUGGGCACGAAGCACGCGGCGCGGGUGAUGGUGCCCGCCCGCCGGGGCAGCAUCAUCUCCACGUCGAGCAUGGCGUCGGCGGUGGCCGGCGCGGGGCCGCACGCGUACACGGCGUCGAAGCACGCCGUGGUGGGGCUCAUGCGGAACGCGGCGGCGGAGCUGGGGCGGCACGGGAUCCGCGUCAACUGCGUCGCCCCCGCGGGGGUCAUCACGCCGAUGGCAACGGCCGCGGGGAUGGGCGGCAUGGAUGUCAAGACGCUCGAGGCGUUAUUGGAGGGCGCGGCGAACCUCAAGGGCGUGGGGCUCAAGGCGGACGACAUCGCCGCCGCGGCGCUCUUCCUCGCAAGCGACGACGCCCGGUACGUGAGCGGGCAGAACCUGCUCGUCGACGGCGGCUCCUCCGUCGUCAACCCGUCACUUGGUUUCUUCAGGGACUGAGAUGCAUGGAGACCCAAGAUCGAUAGAUAAUUGCAAUCACGUUUCUUCUCGAAUAAAAUGGGAUGCAUGUAUGGUGUUGUUGUUUUCCACAUGUUUGUACGGAGACAUUUUAAGUAUUACAAGACACUCUAUGUACUCCCUCCGUUUCAAAAUGUAGGUCGUUUAAACUUUUCUAAAUUCAUAUAUUUUGCUAUGUAUCUAGACAUAUAUGUUAUAUCUAGAUGCUUAGCAAACACUAUGAACCUAAAAAAACCAAAACAACCUACAUUUUGAAACAGAGGGAGUAUCAUCUAAAGAAUUGGUCCAAUUUAUCAAAAUAUUAUUGGACCGAUUCUUCUA